AAAAAAAAAAAAAACUGUGUUAGUUAAAUUAAAAAUGCAAACAACAAUGAUGGGUGUCAAGAGCGACAGCAUACAAGCAACAACUGACGAAUCGCAACAACAACGUUUAAGAGACAAAAAGGUCAAGGAACUUGUUUCAGAUAAACGUAGGCUAGUUGAGGUACCAUACACAGCCACUUUGGCUCACACCAUGAACGCUUUAGUGGCUAACCAGGUGGUGGCUGUGCCAGUGGCUGCACCACCUGGUCAUUGGAUUGGAGCAGGCGGGUCUAUGAUAUUAGAGUCUGAUAAACAGACGGGCGCAGUUAGGAAGCAUUAUAUUGGGAUGGUGACCAUGUUGGAUGUAUUGGCUCAUAUUGCUGGAGAUACUACUACUCUUGAUCACGGUGAUAAUAAAGAAGACCCGAACAACCUCGAGCAGAGGAUGUCGGUUACGGUCUCGUCGGUUAUCGGUCAUUGUCUCGAGAGUCUUAGCCUUUGGACCCUUAAUCCUUGCACCAGCAUUCUUGACUGUAUGGAGGUGUUCAGCAAAGGAAUCCACCGAGCUUUAGUACCACUGGACGGUACCAUGGAGAACAUAGCGGGAGUGGAGCUUGUAGAGUCGGCAUCCUCAUACCGAAUGCUCACACAAAUGGACCUUAUCAGGUUCUUAAAGGGUCACGAGACAGAACUCAAAGAUGUCACCCGCCGAACCCUGCGUGAGCUGGGAGUAGUGGUCGAACCAAUCUUUGGAGUCACUGAUCAUAUGAAAGUCAUUGAUGCCAUAAAAGCAAUGAGAGCUGGCUCUCUUAACGCCGUUCCAAUAAUUGAAUCUACAAAUCCCACUACAGAAGAUCACUCGCUACUCGUAAAUGGGAAAGGAAGGAAGGUAAUUGGAACGUUUUCCGCGACUGAUUUAAGAGGGUGUCCUGUGUCACAUUUGCAAUCUUAUUUGCCGGCAAGUGUUAUGGAAUACACCACCAGUUUGUUAUCCGUGUCAGCUAACUUGGCUGGGUCAUCACCGCGAGAGCUUGUCACUUGCUAUGCGGAGUCACGGCUAGAAGAAGUAAUGGAUAAGGUAGUGGCAAAUCAUGUACACCGUGUUUGGGUAGUCAACCAUAAUGGGCUGCUUGAGGGUCUUGUAUCCCUAACAGACAUUAUUCGUGUGACUAGAAGUUCAUUAGUCAAUAAGUAGUUAAGAUAUAUGAUUACAAGUUAAAUGAUCUGUAUGGGCAAGGUUUGUUCUGCUUGAAAUACCGUCUUAUAUAUAGGAGGGUUGACCCGGCCACAUUAUGUC